CCAACCUUGACCUUGGAGUUCACGUCGGUCAGUCAAAAAGCCGUAAACUUUCCGGAUCACACCAUUCUCUGAACGUGUGGCGUGGAAGACAGUUGAUAGCUAUUCAUUCAUUAACCAAAAUCAUCAGACACAAUGGCUCAAGCAAAAGGAGACAUUGCCCUGAUUGGGUUGGCUGUGAUGGGCCAGAAUCUCAUCCUGAACAUGAAUGACCAUGGAUUUACAGUGGUUGCCUUCAACCGGACUGUAUCCAAGGUGGAAGAUUUCUUGGCAAAGGAGGCCAAGGGCACGAAGGUGAUUGGUGCCAAGUCUCUGGAGGACAUGGUGAAAUUGCUGAAGAAGCCACGACGUGUCAUGAUGCUGGUCAAGGCUGGACAGGCCGUAGACGCCUUCAUCGAUAAACUGGUUCCUCUGCUGGAAAAAGGAGACAUAAUCAUUGAUGGCGGCAACUCAGAAUACCGAGACUCCAAUAGGAGAGCCAAAUCCCUGGAAGAAAAGGGACUACUUUUUGUUGGUAGUGGUGUAAGUGGUGGUGAAGAUGGUGCGCUCUACGGCCCAUCCCUCAUGCCUGGAGGGUCACCAGCAGCGUGGCCGCACAUUAAGGACAUCUUCCAGGGCAUAUCAGCCAAGGUGGGCUCGGAGCCCUGCUGUGACUGGGUGGGCCCUGAUGGAGCAGGCCACUUCGUCAAGAUGGUACACAACGGGAUCGAGUACGGUGACAUGCAGCUCAUCUGUGAGGCCUACCACCUCAUGAAAACAGGACUCAGUCUGUCACACCAGGAAAUGGCAGAUGUAUUUGAUGAUUGGAACAAAGGCGAGCUUAAAUCCUUCUUGAUUGAGAUCACGAGAGACAUCAUGAAGUUCAAGGACGAUAAGGGGGAUUACCUUGUCGAGAAAAUCAGGGACUCUGCUGGCCAGAAAGGCACAGGGAAAUGGACUGCUAUUUCAUCUCUGGAGUAUGGAGUUCCUGUCACACUUAUAGGUGAAGCUGUGUUUGCCCGGUGCCUGUCAUCAUUACAAGCCGAGAGAGUGGAGGCCAGCAAGCAGAUCUCUGGUCCAAAAACUAGCAAGUACACUGGGGACAAGAAGAAAUUCAUUGAGGCCAUCCGACAGGCACUGUACGCCAGCAAGAUUGUGUCCUACGCCCAGGGAUUUAUGUUGAUGCGGGAAACAGCCAAGGAACUGAACUGGAAACUCAACUUUGGUGCAGUCGCACUCAUGUGGAGAGGAGGCUGCAUUAUCAGAAGCGUGUUCCUUGGGAACAUCAAGGAGGCAUUUGACAAGAACCCAGAUCUGAAAAAUCUCCUCUUGGACGACUUCUUCAAGAAGGCAAUUCAGAAUUGUCAGGAAGCCUGGAGACAAGUGGUGUCGACAGCAGUGUUGUUGGGAAUCCCGACACCGGCGUUCAGUACAGCUCUAGCAUUCUUCGAUGGGUAUCGCAGCGAAAGACUGCCAGCCAACCUCAUCCAGGCACAAAGAGAUUAUUUCGGAGCCCACACAUAUGAACUUCUCGCAAAGCCUGGCACCUUUGUUCACACCAACUGGACAGGCCACGGAGGGAGUGUCUCAUCAUCCACAUACGAUGCUUGAUUUGACAAGAUCAUAGACCGCUCAACAUCCACAACACAAUCACACUCUUCUGUAGAGUAUUUUGACCUUAUAAAGAGCAAUUGAUCAUAUUUUCAGAUAACAUCCUUCUUGAGGCUUAUUACAAAUGGCUUCAGAUGCCAAAAACAUAGUCUGAACUGAUUUUAGAGUGACCGACACUUCAGUCAGGUCCUGAUGUUUUGUUUUAGGUAUAAGUUUUGUUUUCAGUUGCAAAAUGUCCAGCUAGUUGGCCCCUUAUAUAUUUUAAAUUUUUCAUAAGUUCUUUCAUUUCAAGAAUUUUGUUUUGGCUGAAAUUUCAGGAUUUGAAAAGAAAUAUACAUACAGUGAUCUUCAUGAGGGGAAAAUGUGUUCAUAAUUCUUUAUGUGAAGCUUGUUUUUUUCUGCAACUUACCAGUAGAUUUACACUUUUAAACUUACAUCUUGACAUUGUUAUGAUUAUUUAAUCUACACUUGUUUCAUGCUUAUUGGUUAUUGUUACCCAUUAUGUAUAAACAGGAACUGUUCAGGAGGAAGAUCCAAUAAACAAAAGUUUGUUUUUACCUGUCUAUAUGUAUUAUGUAUUAUGUAUCAAAUAGUGACCAAUAUCUAGUGUAGCUCCAUUUUCUCAAGAUAUAUACUCUGGACUAAAUCACCACCAUAGCUCUUGAUUGUUUUGGAAGCAAUGUCAUAAUCCCUCACAACAGAGCACUUGAUUAUGAGCUUGAAAUCAGCAAUUAAUCAAAUGUGUUUUUUCUAAACGAGUUAUACGUGAAGCCCAUUUCUGAUGUCUCCUGCCGUGAUAUUGCUGGAAUAUUGCUAAAAGUGUCAUAAAACCAUACUCAUUAACUCACUCACUCUAAAUGGGUUAAGCCCAGAAAAUCAAAAUUUGAAAAACUGUUUUAACUGUAUUACCCUAACUUUAUGAAUGUGGAAAGAUGAUCCCUGGAGUAUUAAGUCAAAAAAGAAAUAGUGCUAUUUGCGCUUGAAACAGAACUCAAGAAGGUGAAAGGUUAUGGCAACAAAUAACUGACCAUCUGUGAAGAAUUGUGACAUUCAGGGGGCAUUCAGGUUUUGCAUUACAUCAUCAAAUCAAAGCUGGUAUUUUUCCAGGGUAUUAGUCAUUACAGAAUGAGUAUGUAGUUCCAUGUGUUAUCGAGGAUGGUCUGUAAACAGUUUGUGCUCUGUAUCAAUCUCUGAUCCAACAUCACAACUGUUUAUCAAAUUAACCAUGUCAAUAUCUAAAUAUUUGUAAUGUGCCUUUUCCAAUUGUUUAGUAAUAUAUUAUAUGUUUGUGUUAUUUUGUUAUGGCAAGUGUUCCUUGUAAGUGUAGGUUUGAAGUCAUUAUCGCAUGUUAUUUGUGAAUUUUAUAGAUAUAGAAACUUGCAGUACAACCCUCUUUGCUGGUGUAUGGCUUAAGCUUAGAUGGAUCACAAGAGAAUUUAUGUUGCAUUUUGAGUGGAAGUGAAAUUCUGAAGGCUCGAUAUUUUUAACAUUUAUUGAUUGCUUGUUUUGUUAGAGAAAAGUAGUGAACCAUAUUUAUGAUGUGUAAAAUAACAGUUGCCAUUUUGAUGUGAGAAAAAUUACCUAAACUUGUCAUUCUACAUGUUUGGAUAAUUACCCAAGUUUGAAAAUAAAUACUGGACUGUAAGAUAAAAGAUUGGUUUUAGUUUGGAGAUACUGACACAUUUGGAGAUCUAAUUUAAGAUCUUAUUCUUUAUAAGUAGUAUCUUUCAUAUUUUACCUGUCAUCAGUAAGUUCUUCUUAGCUUUCAAGCAAGUGAACUUAUGUGUACAUUUGUAUUUCGAAGCAAAAAGAAUCUUUUCUGCAGAAACUUGCAAGGUAAAGUGACAUCUGUUAUUUUCAAUUGUUGUUUAAAGGCGCUAUUUCACACCACACUUCUCUAAAAAUACAUAAUGCAUUUCUCUCAAUAAUACUAGCAGCCAUCAGCGAAGCUACCAUAUAAUAUAUUCC